UGGUACCGUGUUAAUUUGUUUAAAUUGGCAGUGUGAUUUAUAAAUACUAAAUUUUGUGUUUAGAAAAAAUCGUCGCAUCACCUCAAAUCAAUUCCGUCUAUAAUAUUUAAGAUUGAUUUGUUAUUUAGAGCGUCUUACAAUUAAGAUGGUUAGCAAGAAACUUUAGAGGCAAGGAGAUGUCAAAUCAAACGGGACUGAAGCAUGUUGCCACCGAGCCGACUCGACUCGAGAGCAAACGGGAGAGACGUCGCGGCGCUGCGGGGCGCGCGGCGGCGCUGCGCCGGGCUCCCUCCGACUCGGACUGCUCCGGCGAGACGGCCUCGCUGUCUGCGGACAGCGGCGAGCGCUCCGUGCGACCGCUGCCGCCGCCGCCCAGAGCUGGGAAGACGAGGGGAAGUCGUCGCCGCGGCAGCGAGUGGGAGGUGCUGGAGGGGCUGAAGGACGGCCAGCGGUUCGAGAAACGGCCCGAGGUGUUCAACGGCUACUUGCAUAAGAAGAGGAAGUGGCCACUCAAGGGGUGGCAUAAGGUUGCUAGUAAUUCAAUAUACAUUAAGGCAAUUUUUCAAUGGCACCUGCGCGCCAAGACGCCCGACGUCUUCCGCACCUGGCUCGCCGUGCUCACCGCGCACAGGUUAUACAGGCAACAUUUAUUAACAUUCGGUGCUCGAGAGUCUGUGCCUAAAAUACACGCUCCGUUAGAAGAUCUUCCACCAACGGAUACCUCAUCUCGGCUGGUAAGUCCCACGUCGGGGCCGCUCCGGGGCCCGCAGGCCGGCUUCGUGUCGGGCACGCCUGGGGGCAGAUUGGCUAGCUGGAUUAUAGAAUCGGGUGGUCCGCUGGACAAUGUGUCCCGGGAGCUCGGGCAAGUGCAACUGUCGGUGCAGCAGCUGCAGCGGCUAUUGGACACGCUCGAGCUGCAACAGCAGACGCACCACGAUACUGAUGUAUCAAUAGAAGGCGCUUCGCCCAACGUGAAAAAGGACAGACGCAAAUUCGGCUUACGGAAAAAGAAAUCAAACAACAAAUGUGGCUCCGUCGAACUGGGGCCGCACCAUAUCGACCCUUCUAGCUCUCAUAUGGCAUUAUCGACUCUAACAGCUCCCCCUUCCCCUGGCGGGGGCGCUUCCUCUGUCCCCAAUUCCGCCGCAUCUUUGCCGAUAGUGUUUCUAUCUACUUUUCUGGCGUCCACUUUAGUUCCGUGUGCAGCAACAAGGCCACAAUCGUUGCCCGGUGCGGAAGUUCUGAACGCAGCGCCGGCCAGCCUCACGAGCCUUACUCCAGACCAUCAGCUGAGGGAGGACUUUACCAUGCUGGCCAAAGAUCUGGUUACGAGUUUGAAGAGUAUCGUCGCUACACUGGUGUGCGAGCGCGGGCGUCUGCGCGCCGCCAUGGAGGCGGCGGACAGCAGCCCCGCCCCCAGCGGCGUGGUGGCGGCGCUGCGCACCAACCUCUCCACCGCGCUGCAGCAGAAUUCUGAGCUGCGGUCGCGGCUGUCGCGCAUACACGACGCGUCCGACCUCGCCGAGAUAUCGUCCAUGGGCGCCAACUCGGAUCACAACCACCAGUUGAAGCACUCGCUCAGCUACAGCUCGUCGUGCGUGUCCGCGUCGGAGUUCUUUGACGCGGAGGAACACGACAACGGCGAUAUUAAGCAGAACGAGAUUAUUAACGCUGAUGAGACAGGUGUGAUAGAGUUGGACGGUGACUCGUCAUCAGAAGCGGGAUCGCUCAGCAGCGAGGAAGGUUCCGCCAGCUCCGACAACAGCGAUGCGGCCACAGUGGUAUCCGCGGAGCAGACCGCCCCGUGUGGGCAGGGCCAGUGGUCGCGGCGGCGCGCGCUGCCCGCCCCGCGCCCCACCCCCGGCGGGCCCAGCCUCUGGAACCUGCUCUACAAGAACAUCGGCAAGGACCUCAGCCAGAUAUCCAUGCCGGUGACGAUCAACGAGCCGCUCAAUAUGCUGCAGCGCCUCUGCGAGGAGCUGGAGUACUCGGAGCUGCUGGACGCGGCGGCGGCGUGCGCGGACGCGGCGGAGCGCAUGUCGCUGGUGGCGGCGUUCGCGGUGAGCGCGUACGCGGCGUCCGCGCACCGCGCCGCCUCCAAGCCCUUCAACCCGCUGCUGGCCGAGACGUACGAGUGCGUGCGCGAGGACAAGCGCUUCCGCUUCCUCGCUGAACAGGUCUCCCACCACCCGCCUAUAUCAGCGUGCCACGCGGAGUCCAGCCGCUGGGUGUUCUGGCAGGAAGCGAGGAUCAAGACCAAGUUCUGGGGGAAAUCCAUGGAGUUCCAACCCGCCGGCAGGGUCCACCUCACCCUGCUCACUACGGGUGACCAUUACGUGUGGAAUAAGGUGACGACGUGCGUACACAAUUUGUUCGGAGGCCAGCGAUGGGUGGACCAGUAUGGUGAUAUGCACAUCACAUGCCAGGGCUCGGAUAUUAGCUGUAAACUGCACUUUGUGAAGGCGAGCUCGUGGUCGUCGAGCCGGCACGAGGUGCGCGGCGCGGCCGGCGAGCCGCCCGCCGCGCGCUGCCUCUGGCGCCCCGGCACAAUGCCACCAGACUAUGAGUUAUACUAUGGUUUCACUCGGUUCGCGAUGGAACUUAAUGAAAUGGAGCCCGGCAUGAAGGAAACCUUGCCGCACACUGACACUAGGUUCAGGCCGGACCAGCGAGCCCUGGAAGAGGGCGACGUGGAGGCGGCGGAGCAGUUCAAGCUGGAGCUGGAGCAGGCGCAGCGCGAGCGGCGCCGCACCACCGCCGACCACGUGCCCGCCUGGUUCCGCAAGUCGGUGGAGGAGGGCGAGGAGACGUGGGUGUUCGGCGGCGAGUACUGGAAGGCGCGCGAGGCCGGCUUCCCGCUGCUCGCCGCGCCGCCGCUCUGGUGACCGCGCCGCCGCGCCUGUACGCCGCAUCGCGAGGUGCUCUGCUAGAGGUUGUGCCCGCUUGCCGCUUCCAGCUUUCUAACUAUUUACUACUCGCUACCGGUUACUACCUACUGACUACUUACUCCUUAGCGCGCCUGGCUCGGACUGCGAGUGACCUAAUCGUGUGUGACGCACAAACAAAUAUGUUUUGUUCAAUAUAAAAUAAACAUACAUACAGUACAUGUUUUUGCAAUUAAAUUGCUAUUUUGGGCUAUAACUAUUUCUAGCCUAUCUAUCCAUCUAUAUGGUAAUAUCCAUCGCUCUAUCUCGCUCGCACAGCGUUUCACAAUACAAUCGUAAUAACAUGACUCAUUGCCACAGAUAACGUAAAUUUUCAAUAGUACCAGUGUUUUUUUUUUCAGUCAACUCGCAGUCCGAUUUCAUGGCCGAUAAUGCUGUCUCGCUCUUCCCUUUGCGAUAACAAUGCGUUGGAGCGAGACGGCAAAAUGCUCUUUUAUAAAUUACACGCGUUAUGUAUUCCUUCAAGAGAGAGUUUAUUAUAAGGCGUAAGUGUAAUGAGGGUAGACAUAUGGAUAAUAAAUUUAAUGAAUUAAUUUGUUAAAAUUCGUUUAUACGUGAAGUAUUUUGAAUUUUGAUUACAAUAUUAUUUUUAUAAUAAAAAUCUUAUAAAAAAGCGUAACUCAUGAUUGCCUAAGAAUUUUGUAAUACAAAAAUAAAAUUUAUUAAUUUUGUUGUAUUCAUUCAUUCAUAGUUACGAUGCCUUAUAUGUUGUUAUAUUUAAUAACCUAUACAUUAAUGAUUUAUAUCGACUAAAUCUUCCAAGGAAACUGCGAUGGCACACAAUCCGCCAUUAUAAGACUAGUGAAUAUUUCUGCGCCGUAGAAAAAAUACAAAAAGAUGAUAAGUGCGAAAGAGAUAGCAUGCGAUGACUUGGUAACGAGCGACUAAGACAACACGCUAUUUAACUCAUAAGGCGCAGGUUGUACGUUUUUACAAGUACGAGUUUAUACGGUAUAACGUUAUUAACGUUUUGUUAUUUGUAAUUGUUUUUUUUUUUUCAUUUACAUGCGUUUUUUGUGAUAAUAAUGUUUUUUGUGAUAUGGUUUUAUUGAUUUUUUUUUUUGUUACUUAUCAAUCUUGCCUUUUAAAAGACACGAAAAGCAUAGCAUAUUUUAAAUAACGAUAUUAUUAGCAAUAAAAUGUACAUUCUUUUCGCUUUGUUUUAAAUGUAUUAAACGAGCUUUUAAAUGACUAUGGAAUAA